AUGGAGGAUUUGGUGCUAGAUCUGGAGGUUGCAUCAGAUCCAGAAAUGGAGAAAGUUGGAUGGUCUGUUUUGGGUAAGAUCGCGUCGGAGAAACCUCUUAAUAAGGGGGUUGUGAAGGCGAUCCUGGGGAAUCUAUGGCCGGAGAAAGAUGUACCAAUCAUCGGUGAUGUGGGAAGUAACUUGGUAAACCUGAUUUUCACCUUUGAGGAAGUGAUGAACAGGGCUCUAACUAAGAACCCGUGGUCGAUGAUGGGUUACUAUUUGAAUCUUAAGUAUUGGCCACCGGAUAAGGCGAUUAGGGAGGUCGAUUUGGACUCCAUUGCCUUUUGGGUUCAGAUCCAUAGUCUCCCACGUGAAAUGAUGAUGAAGAGCAACGCCAUGAAGAUUGGUUCUUCCCUGGGUAAGGUGAUAGAAAUUGAGGAACCAAGAGGGAGGUUUGGAAUUAAUAGAAGUUUCCUCCGUGUUAGGGUUGAAUCGCGAGCCGAAAAUCCCCUUGUUCCUGUCUGCUGGGUUAACCGGCCGGGGGGUGAUCGGGCAUGGGCCGAGUUUAAUUAUGAAAAGUUGUCGGACUUUUGUUUCAAUUGUGGACGGCUGGGGCAUACCUGCAAAUUCUGUCGAUCAGAGGUAGCGGUUGCUCAGAGGUUUGGACCAUUUAUGAGAGCACCGAUGGCAAAGCAACUUCUUUCGCCGGGAAAGCAAAGGAGUAUCUCUUGGGACGGGCGGAAAAAACCCUGGGAAUGUGACUGGCAUUUACAGAAGGUGGCGCGUGGGUUUAAUGUUGAUCCUGUGAGUGAAAAGGUGGUGCGUGGACUUAAUUUUGAUCAUGCGAGUGAGAAGGCGCGUGGGGUAGAUGAUGUAACGGCUAAGGCGCUGGGUACGCAGAAUGUUACCUUGGGAAUAGCGAGCGGCAGUUUUGGAGAUGCUAAGGUGGGACCUAAUAUGCCAGCUCAGCAGCCAGCCUCUGACAUUCGUCUGGUGGAUACGGAUGUUACUAUGGGAGUUUCUAGAAGGUCGGCUGAUGUGGCUACCAGGAGGCCAGCUCGAGAGCAAGCAGUCCCUGAAGCUGACUACCCAGAUGAGCCAGGGGUUCCAGAGCUCGAUUAUCCAGAAACUACAAAGACAUAUGAGCCUGAUAGUCCAGAAAUAUAUGAAUCAGGGUCGCAGGAUAUUGUUAAUCGACGUAAGCUACCCAACCUAUCUCCUGUGAAAAUGAUCCGCACAGUCAUGAACCUCUCAAAUGUGUUUCACAGCCUUCAUUUGAAAAGGGGCGCAGGCGAUGAUAUUGAUUUAAAAGAUUGUAAGAAGAAGCAGAAGGUGGUUGGCCUACUAAAUCCAGAUCAUAUGGAUUCUGAUUGUCAAACUAUUGAUUUGGAGAGGGCCCAAGAAAAAGAAGUUCUUUGCCUUGGGCUGGGGAAGUGUGUGCCUCAGACUAAAAGAAAGUAUAAAAGAAAGGCCGGGGUGAGAGGCCGGGGCAGAAAGGCUAACUCAGCUGUUGUUAUUCGAGAGUUGGAGGAUCCGCACGAAGUACCAAUUACUCAAGCUAGUUUGAAUUCUGUGGUCAGAGCCCUUAAAGGGCUGAAGAGGAAUACUGAUCCUGGGUGGAUUUUUCUCAUGGAGACAAAGAAUAACAGUGUGAAGGUGGAUAAUCUUGGAGGAAUGUUGGGCUAUGACAAUGCUUUCUAUGUGGAGCCAGCUGGUUUGAGUGGGGGAUUGGCUAUUUGGUGGAAAAAGGGCAUUGAUAUAAGAUGCCCUGUUGACUUUGAGGAUCGACAGAGACUUUAUCAGGUGCUUGUGGAGAGAAUUACUAUAACUGAGGGUCUUGUGUUGUGUAUGGGUGACUUCAAUGAUAUCUUGACCCCUGAGGGGAAGAAAGGUGGGGCAACACUUCACCUGGUUUUGCCGAAGGGACAACCAGCUCAUUUGGCUAAUGGAGCUUGGUUGCAGUGUUUCCCUGAUGCGCAAGUCUUUAAUCAGCCCGCCAUUGGGUCUGACCACUUACCCAUUCGUCUUGACACAACGCCUGAGGUUCCUAAAGCUAAAAGGUAUUUUAAAUUUGAGGCCAUGUGGGUUGAUAAUCUUAAUUGUGAAGAGUUGGCCAAGAUCCAAAGUGGUGAGGAGAUGGAUAACUCUUCUGAGGACCUUCACAAGAUUGUAAAGAAGAUUGAUGAAGCUUUGGAAAAUGAGGAAAGAUAUUGGUUUCAGAGAUCAAGGGUGAAGUGGACCUUAUUUGGGGACCAGAAUACUGCUUUCUUCCACCAGACUACCCUCCAACGCAGACAGAGGAACAAAAUCCUUAGAGUGAAGGAUAGUAAUGGGGUUUGGUUGGAAGAUGAGGCUUUUGUUAUAAACAAGUUCUCCCAACACUUUAGGAAUCUUUUCUCUUCUGAUACUGAGUAUGAUUGGAGGAAAGUAAUUAGUCAUAUGCCGCAGGUGAUUACUGAGGACAUUAACAAGGAGUUGACUCAGCCGAUCUUGGAAGAGGAAGUCAAAUGGGCUACCUUUGAAAUGGGGGCCCAUAAAGCCCCAUGCCCGGAUGGUUUCUUCCAUGGAGGUUUUAUGCUCAGAGAGCUCAACAGAACCAACAUCGUGUUAAUCCCCAAGGUGGCUAGCCCUGAGGAGGUAAGCGAUUAUCGCCCUAUCAGUUUAUGCAACUUUGCUUAUAAAAUUAUUUCAAAAAUCCUUGCUAACAGACUGAAGAAAUGGUUGGAUUUGGUUAUUACCCAGAAUCAAAAUGCCUUUAUUGCUAACAGACAGAUUCAAGAUAAUAUCUUAAUUGCACAGGAGGUGUUCCAUCACUUGCGGCUUAAAAAGAAGCGGAAGAGGUGUGAAUUGGCUCUAAAGCUUGAUCUCAAUAAAGCUUACAACCGGGUUGAGUGGGGUUUUCUUGAAGCUGUUCUUUUGAAGCUGGGUUUUUGCAGGAAAUGGGUUAGCUGGAUUAUGCAAUGCAUAUCCACUGUUUCAUACACUCUUGUUAUGAAUGGUAGGCCUGCCGGGGAGAUUGUUCCUUCUAGGGGAUUAAGGCAAGGGGACCCUUUGUCCCCAUAUCUUUUUCUGGUUGUUGUUGAUGUGCUUUCUCGCAUGAUCCAGGAUGCUAUUGAUGAUGGCUCGGUGAAAGGGAUUAAAUUGUCCAAGCAUUGCCCUGUCCUAUCGCAUCUGUUCUUUGCAGAUGAUGCCCUGCUUUUUAUGGAAGCUAGAGUUCAGAACUGUCAGAAGGUAGCUGAGAUUAUUGAGAAGUUCUGUAAAGCCUCGGGGCAAAGGGUUAAUUUGCUUAAAUCGAGUGCUAUUUUUAGCCUGAACACUAGUGACCAGUUGAGGAAUGACAUUGCUGGGAGCCUUGGUAUUACGGUUGCUCAAAACCCUGGAACCUAUUUAGGGAUCCCUGGUCUGUGGGGCAAGACUCGUAAAGAAGUUCUAUCUGUGCUUAAGUCUCGUAUUCUCUCCAGAAUUCAGGGGUGGAAGCAGAAGCUUCUCUCACAAGGAGGUCGUGAAGUGCUUAUUAAAGUCGUUGUCAGUGCAAUUCCCACUUACCUCAUGGCCUGUUUCAAAUGCCCUAAAACUUUCUGCCAAGAAAUCAACUCUGCAGUAGCCAAAUUCUGGUGGGGGCAGCUGAAGGAGGAAAGCAAGAUACAUUGGGGAAACAAGCCCAGAGAUUGCUUGAGAAUGAGAAUGCUCUUUGGGCCUGUGUCCUUAAAGGUUUAUAUUUUCCUCAUUCCUCUUUUUUGGAGGCUAAAAAGGGGGCCAGACCCUCCUGGACUUGGUGCAACAUUCUGGAGGGUAGAGAUUUCCUCAAAGAACAUAUUUGCUGGCAGAUUGGAGAUGGGAACACUACAAAGAUCUGCUGAAAAGGAAGCCAUCAGUAAUGUUCCUCGGUCCAGAUGUUAUGGGAAUGAUAACGUGAUCUGGCCUAAUGACAAAUCUGGAGACCACUCUGUUAAGACAGGCUAUUACACUAUUAGAAGUGGCAGGAGGAUCCAAAUUAGACCCUUGGUUUCCUCCUCUCAUACUAUUGAUAAUCAAGUGUGGAAGAUCAUUUGGGCCUUGUGUGAAAAGAAAGUAAGGACUGAUCUCCUCUGCCCGAUUUGUAGGGAUUCUCCUGAAACGGUUGAACAUCUUCUUCUAACCUGUGAGUGGGUGCAAGGUGUAUGGUUUGGGUGUUUUGACUACAGAAUCAGUAAAAAGGAUGUCACCACCUUUGAUGACUGGCUGGUAGAAGUCUGUAAGAGUGCGAGGGAGAAUUUCUCUAAAAUCUGGCGUGGCCAUCUGUCUAGUAGGGCUACCACCAAUGAUAUUGGUAAGCCUCCUGAUCCCUGGUACCCCCCUGAGCCUGGCUGGAUCAAAGUUAAUGGAGAUGUGGCUUUUAAUCCUGCUAGUGAUGAGCCUGGCUGGAUCAAAGUUAAUGGAGAUGGGGCUUUUAAUCCUGCUAGUGAUGAGGAGAGAAAGGUUAUCUUUGAGACUGAUUCUGCGGAGCUUGUGGCAGCCAUUAAUGGUGGGAAGAAGAAGAAGUGGACUGUUGAACCCUUUUUGCAGGAUUUUCGUGAGUUGACUAAGGAUCUUGCUGCCAAAAGGGUGUCUUUGGUUCAUAGAUUGGCAAAUGUUGCUGCGGAUUGGCUUGCUAAAAGCGUUAGUCAAGGAAAGUGCCCUUCGGGUAGAGUCUCGGCUAGUGUGGAUCGUUUUAUUGAUCCUCGUUUUGGUCUAGGUCACUAG